ACGUAAAAGUCGAAUUUCUGAUGCAAUAUUCGUUAAUAAGACGUGAGUGCACUAUAUAAGUGAUAGUAAGGAAAAGAUCGAGAAUCAGUGCAAUUAAAAUGUUCAUUCGUGUUUAGAAAAGCCAGCGAAUUGCUAAUUUUGUCGUAGACGCCAAAGUAUUUACAGCGAUACUCAAAAUGACUGAAGAAGACUCGGUAUUUGAUCCCACCUUGAAGAAGAAAAAGAAAAAGAAGAAAACUAGCUUUGAUCUUGAUGCUGCAUUUAACGAAGGUGGUAGUACCGGCGAUGCGAUGGAAACCACUGGUGACAAAGAAAACCAGGAACCGGAUCUACCUGCAUUGGCGGAAGAUGAUGAUGCAUUGGAUUUAGAAAAUUUUGGAAGGAAAAAAAAGAAGAAGAAAAAAGCAUUUAAUUUGGAUGAACUGGAUGCUGCUUUACCAGACACAAAAAAAGAGGAUGUCGUUGAACAACAAAUGGAAGAAGUUCCUGUAGAUGAUACCUUUGAUUUAGAUAUGGACUUCUCGAAAACUAAAAAGAAGAAAAAGAAAAAGAAAGAUCUCGACGAGCUAGUAGCAGAAGAAGAGCGUAAAGAAAUAGAAGAUAAAGAAAAUGAAGAAACAAGUUUAUGGUUCGGAUCCGAUAGAGAUUAUACAUACGAUGAAUUACUGGUAAGAGUAUUCAAUAUUAUGAGGGAAAAGAACCCUGAUAUGGUCGCAGGGAAAAAACAGAAAUUCGUUAUGCGUCCUCCCCAAGUUGUACGUAUAGGCACCAAGAAAACAUCUUUCGCUAAUUUCACUGAAAUAUGUAAAACACUUCAUAGGCAACCAAAACAUUUACUCGACUUUUUACUUGCUGAAUUAGGAACUAGUGGUUCUGUUGAUGGAAAUAGUCAACUUAUCAUUAAGGGUCGUUUUCAGCAGAAACAAAUAGAAAAUGUUCUUAGGAGAUACAUUAAAGAAUACGUUACCUGUCACACUUGUCGCUCGCCAGAUACUAUUCUUCAAAAAGAUACUCGAUUAUUUUUCUUACAGUGUGAAACCUGUGGGUCAAGGUGUUCGGUAGCUAGUAUAAAAUCUGGCUUCCAGGCCGUCACAGGGAAACGUGCUGCUAUUCGUGCAAAAACUGCCUAAACAAAUUUUCAUAUGCCCCACCUAUCAAUUUUGUAGCAUAAUUUUCAAAUUGUCACAAAUCUUUUUUGUGUUAGAAUACUGUUUUUACUAUACCUAUUGUAACGGCGUGCAAUCCAAACACCUAUUUUUACUUGUACGAAAUGAACAGCGUCAGUUCCAAAAUGUGAUCAUGAAAUUUACAACAUAUAACCCUGUUUUUAAUCAUCGAUCUACAUGAAGAAAAUGAAAUUCCAUGAGAAUUAUGCUUUAACGCGUUUCUUUCUACAAUUUUCCUUAGGUCGUCAUUUUUUAUAUAACGUUCAUUCUUCGAAACACGUAAAAAGCUGUACGAUUUAACUGAAUUCGAACUUUUCACACACACACACACACACACACACUCUCUCUUGCAAUACAUAGACGAGUGGUAUGUACUAAUUUUUCGAGAAGGUACAUAACUAACCUAUAGUCACGAUUUGAAUAAUAAUGAUAUAAACAAUGACACGGUAAUACGAAAUGCAUUGCUUAUCCAUUUGUCUACCAUUGUGACGUGAAAUCCUGUAUAAAGAAUUAUCAAUUAAAUGGAAAAUGGUAUGGAUUACCAGUUGUUAACAAUAGAUUUAAGCAGGUAAUAAUAAUUUGUUAUAUCAUUUUCUGUAUACAAAGCAAAAAAAAGAAAAUUAUGACAUUAAAUUCAAGUACAUUAUGUAUGGCAAAAA